GUUCAGUGUAACAUGUGGUUAGUUAUGGCGGCGCCCUAUGCGGUUUGAAGAAGUGGGAUGGGAUAAAAGGAACGUUGUUAUCACAAAUCAGUGUUGUAACUCACUAACUGCAAAGAAACAGGAAAAAUGUCUCUGAAAGACACAAGUGAAGGGCAGCAGAUGUCCAGAGCUAUGAUCAUGGAAAUGAUGUCCAGGAGAUUUGAAAAGUUACCAGACUUUGACAGGAAGCUGUACGCAUAUGGCCCGGUUUAUUUGGGUGCUAAUGCUGGACUUGCGGGUCUGAUCGCAAACAGUUUGUAUCGACGUGCGCUCAAUGUCACUCAAGGACGAUUUACAUCCAGUCUUCCCAUGUCUGUACUUCCUUUUCUUACAACUGUGGCAUUAUUUAAUGCAACUGUCAGCAAGCCCUUAUUAGCAGGUGACCUCAACUGCCCAACCUGCGUCCUGCUAAGGGGUGCCUUAGUAGGUGUAGUUGGUGGUGGAAUAUACCCUAUUUUGUUGGCAUUGCCAGUCAGCGCUGGGCUUGCAGCGAGGUACAGCAGUGCUCCAAUGCCAGAGAAGGGGAACGUAAUCCGCUUCUGGAGGACACUGAGCAAGCCUAUUGUGAGGAAAAUGUAUGCUGUCCUAUUACUACAGACACUGUUUGGUACAUAUUUAGGCUCCAAGAACCAUGAUAUCUAUGUGAAGAUGCUUAAACUCCCAGAAUCAGACAGAGAGGACUUGCAUGACUAAGCAGAUAUUUUACUUAAAAGAAAAUGUGCUUAUGUCUUGACUGUAUCUAAAAAACAUACCAUAAACUAUCCUGUUUGUUUUCUUUAUUUAAACUAAUAAAUCCUAAUGCACCAA